AUGGACGCGAGGGAGAUAACGGUCGCGGCGACGAUACGCGGCGGCAGCCUGACCCCGACGAAGUCGACGGUCCAGACGUCGGUGGGUGGACCGAGCCCGCUGCCUCCCCCCUCGGGCCUCCCUGGACUUCCGCCAAGGCACGGGAUUGCUCCGCACGGGAUUGCUCCGCACGGGAUUUCUUCGCACGAAGCGGAGCAGCCUCCCCAGAGAAUGGUCUCUUCCGUCCCUUCCCAUUCCGUGGUGCUGGAGAGCCAGCCCGAACCGGUCGAGAACGCCGAGGAGGAGAAGGAUGAUGCCUCUGAUGAUGACGCGGCGCUGCUUGGCGCGCUGGGAGAUGAGAAGCAGCCACCCGACUGGAAGGAAUUCGCCCAGUCGUUCAACACGUCCAUGCCCUCCCGCUCCACGUUCACCGGCUACGUGAUGGCCAUCGUGGUGAUCGUGAUGUUCAUGCUGGCGCUGUUCCCGCAACACGCCCGGGCGGUGCCAAUGGGUCCGGCGGUGCCAAUGGGUCCGGCGGGGCGGUCGACCGGUUCGGGCAGGAUCGAGGGGGUCGUCGCCUUUCGUCGCGAGGUGGAUCAGAAGAGGAUACUGGUGACGGGCGGCGCCGGCUUCGUCGGCAGCCACCUGGUCGACCGCCUCAUCAAGGAUGGACACAACGUGAUCGCGUUGGACAACCUCAUCACGGGGAAGAGGCGGAACAUCGAGCACUGGCUGGGACAUCCCAAUUUCCGAUUCCUCCUCCACGACGCCGUGGAGCCCAUUUUCCUGGAGGUGGAUGAAAUUUACCACCUGGCCAGCCCCGCCUCCCCGCCGCAAUACAUGAAGGAUCCGAUCAAGACCAUCAUGGCCAAUACCGAGGGGACCAGGAAUAUGCUGGACUUGGCUCGACGGAAUAAGGCGAGAUUCCUGUUCACGAGCACAUCCGAGGUGUACGGCGACCCGCAGGUCCACCCUCAGACGGAGGAAUAUUGGGGCAAUGUCAACCCAGUCGGACCGCGAUCGUGCUACGACGAAUCGAAGCGUCUGGGAGAGACGCUCUGCAUGGCCUACAGGGAUCGCGAGAAUGUGGACGUCCGCAUCGCCCGGAUCUUCAACACCUUCGGUCCCAGGAUGAGCNAGAAUGUGGACGUCCGCAUCGCCCGGAUCUUCAACACCUUCGGUCCCAGGAUGAGCGUGCAGGAUGGCAGAGUCGUGUCCAACUUCAUCCUCCAGGCUCUCGGCGACGCUCCCAUCACGAUCUACGGCAAGGGAAACAACACGAGGAGCUUCCAGUACGUGUCAGACCUGGUCGACGGGCUUCUGCGCCUCAUGAACAGCAGCUACACCAUGCCCGUGAAUCUGGGCAACCCAGACGAAUACGAGAUCGGCGAAUUCGCCCAGCUGAUCAAGAAGAUGACCGGCUCCAAGAGCGAGAUCAAGCUCGUCGACGGCGUUCGGGACGAUCCCACGAGGAGGAAGCCAGACAUCUCCCUCGCGUGGAAGGUCCUCGGCUGGAAGCCCAGGGUGAAAGUGUCCGAGGGCCUCCAGAAGACGAUCAAAUACUUCAGCGCCGAGAUGAAGCAGCGCGACUUCAGCACCAGGAACCUCUACUCCCCCUGGAACGAGAAGUAACGCGAUCGCAAGAUCGAGACAACUAUGCAUAUGGAAAGCAAAUUAUAUAUGUGCAAAUUAUAUAUACAUAUUCGUAUGUCGUCCGUGAAGAAUUUCCUUUCCACAAUUGGUCGUUUUUAGACUUGCCAAUGUUUCUCAUAUUUUAUUUCGUCCGUUCAUAAGUCGUGCUAAAUGAUCCUUCCCCCCAAAAAAAUCCCAGUGGUGAUAUUAGCGAACCGUGGAUUAAAAUUCGCAUCCGAUUGGCUUCUGGAUGGGACAUCGU